GAAGCUAACAGCAGGAGCAGCCCAGCAGUUGAGUCCCGUGAGUGGUCCGGGCAAGCACAAACGUAUAAACACAAAACGCGUCAGUGGUGGCACAUUGUACCGGGUUGUUUAAUAUUAUAAAACUGCCAUCGAACGUCGAGAGGGUGCAGAGCGGUGCUUAGGGUGUGUGUGUGUGUAUUAACGAGACGCGUGACGGUUCUACAGACACUCAACCAGUAUCUCAGAUCCUCAACUAAAUAAGUUACAAUUUAUAAUAAUCCACGAUACAACUUAACCAACCAACCAACUCAUGUACUAAAUUAUAUUAUUUUCAUUUAUGUUUUUUAUUUUUUGUACAUCCAACGCAACUAUUUAUACAUCAAUAUAUGUUUAUUGUGGAUCAACAAUUAAUGGAGUUACAUAUUCCAGGUGAAUUUUAAAUGAUAAUUGAGUUAACAGUGGAUGAAAAUAAUAUUUUGGAGGAUUGAGCCGGCGCGAGAGCUGUCACUUCGAUCGCCAUUUUAGCGCCGUUCGUGCUGGGGAAUGCGCGGACUCGAUCACGUUCUGAAAAGGGACACUGGACGCUCGUGUUACUUUUCAGUAAAUAAAUAAAUAGAUUUUUUUAUGAAAUAUUUUUUUUUUAUUAUUAUUAAUAGUUAAUUACAAUUAAUAAUAAUAAUUAAAUAAAUAACUGAGGAUUAAAGUGAGUGCACGAGCAGCACUGUUCAGUGUAGAGGAUAGUUGUAGUUGUAGCAGUGAAGACAGACCAGACAAGGUAGAAAAAAAAAUAAAUGGUUAUGCCGAGAAGGAAAGAAAGCUAAAGUGAGAGUUACCGGCAACAUUUGAGAAAAAGAGAUAAAUAUAAAAACAAGUGUGUGUUUGUUAUAUAUACAUACAUACGUAUAUACACCCAGUGUGUGUAUUUGUGUGUCGUGGGAGGCAGGGCUCGCCGUAUUCUUGUGGCUCGGCCAGUUUUUUUUAUUUAACUUAGGCUCCUUUCUCGUUUCUCAUCUUUCUCUAACUACGAGCAGAGAGAUUUUUUUCUUAAUGGCCAGAUAUUUUUUAUGUGGAAUUUUUUUUAAGUAUUGAUACUGAAGUUAAGUGAUAACGCUGGUAUUUAUAUACACCGUAUUAUGUAUUUGCAUUUAUAUUUGUAAAUUUAUUAACGUGGUAUUUUAAAUACAUCCCACGCGACCAGGAGAUUAAAUAUUAUUAUUUUAAAAUAUCAAUAUCAAGAUCGAUAUCGAUAUCGAUGGUGAGUAGCUGAACCUUACUGAUAAAUACGUCAUAUUAUGGUUCACUUUUUUAUAAUUAGUGUAUAAAUAGUGACUGUGUAUAAUAAAUAUAAUAUAUGUGAGUGAACAUUUGUUUAUUUUUUUUUACAGAUAAAAAUAAAGAUAAAAUAAAAAAUUGUCGUGUAACAGAUGAUUAGAAGUGAAGUGAAGGGUGAAUUUGGAAGCCGACGUAGUUAGGUGAAAAUAACAGUGACCCGACAAAAUUGACCUUUACUGUUUAUAAAUAAUAAGUAUUCAUUUGAUAUCGAUAUAAUUAUUAUCUAUUUAUAUGAGAGCGUGAUACUAAAAACUUGUUUAAAUAAUACAAAGUCAAUAGUUGGUGUCUUGUGUAUCGUUGACUCCGAUUGAAAGUAUUGUAUACCUGUCGUAGUCGCUGAACAGACGUCUGUUAUUAAUUUUGAAUCUAAAUACAUAAUAAAUAGUAUCGCAAGGUCAAAUCGGUGGUGCAUGGAGAAAGGGUUCUUUCACUCUUACUCUGAUAAUAAUUAUAGUAACAAAAAUAACAGUAAUAAUAAAAUCUAAAGAGAGUGUGUGAUUAUUAGUGUGUGCGUGAAAUACCGGUCGAGCGACUGGCAAGGGUCGUGUGUUAUCGGCAACACAAAAAAUAUACCCUAUGGUAAAAGUGGUUAAUCAACUCCGUGGAUAAGGGUUGUUAGGUUAUUUUAUUUUUUUCAAGUGUGCUAAGGGAUCGAAGGAAACGGCCGCUCGAAAUGAUUCUGCGCGUUUAAGGGGGUGGGUGGAAAGGAGCCAACGAUCGACCAAGAUAAACGAGAGCUGGAGGCCGCCAGAAAAACGGAAUACGAGGUGGGCUCCAGAAGAAGCAGUAGCUCGGCGGAGGCGGGGGCGGGUAAAAUCCCGUCCCGUAGGAUAGGAAGGUAGUUUAUAGGGGCUGGCAAGUGGAAUUUGCCGUUAUUAUAAUAUAAAUAAUAAAAAAUACCAAAAUAAUUGUUGUAGUAAACAAUAAUAAAAAUAAAAAUAAUAUCAAGGAAGUAACGAUGACGACAUUGGUGGUGGGUCUUGUGUUACUCCGCUAUUGGCGGCAAUUGCCGCUUAUACUUAACAUUUUCCUGGUACUUGAGCAGCUGACAUUGAUAAACGGUGCGGCUUCUACCGAUAUCGUCCAUCAAUUUUACGAUCCGGAUGUCCAGCGUAUGAAUCAUCUGGUAGUUGACAAAAAUACCGGUCGCGUGUAUGUCGGUGCUGUUAAUCGGCUGUACCAGUUCUCUCCGGAUUUGAAUCUGGUGGUGAAGGCAAUAACGGGUCCUCAGGAAGAUGCACUUGAUUGCUCGAGUUUUGACUGUCCGCGCGAAACUGUUAAACGCAAAGUGGACAACGUUAACAAAGCUCUGGUAAUUGACUACACAACAAGUCGGCUGAUUUCCUGCAACAGCCUGUUCCAGGGUACCUGCGAUGUGAGAAAUUUACACAAUAUAACAGAUGUAGUGCAAAAGGUUAAGGACCCUGUGGUUGCAAACAACGCAACGGCCUCAACGGUGGCAUUCAUCGCGCCGGGACCACCAAAUCCACCGGUAUCUCAAGUAAUGUAUGUCGGUGUCACGUACACAGCAAACUCACCCUACCGGUCAGAGGUCCCCGCGGUCAGCUCGAGAUCCCUCGACAAAGACAAGAUGCUGAACAUCGCGGAGUCCGCGGUCACGACUGGCACGAGGAUAUACGUAAACUCACUCUCGAGGGAACGCUAUCCGAUCAACUACAUAUACGGUUUCAGCAGUGAAGGUUUCAGUUACUUCUUUACCACCCAGUUGAAGGACACCGAGGCUACCAACUUUAUCUCGAAACUCGUUAGACUCUGCCAGGAUGACAUGCACUACUAUUCCUACACCGAGAUACCUGUCGAGUGUAAAAACGAGGGACGUAAUUACAAUUUAGUCCAGGCGGCUUACGUCGGUAAAGCCGGGUCAGUAUUAGCCAGUGCACUUGGUAUUACUGCACAGGAUGAUGUACUUUAUGCCGUAUUUGCCGAAAGCAAUGACCCAAAUAGCCAACGACCGGGUAAUGAUUCUGCUCUAUGCAUCUACGCGCUUAAGAGCAUACGGAGAAAAUUCAUGAGAAAUAUACAGCGAUGUUUCAGUGGUGAUGGCCAACGGGGUCUUGAAUUCAUAUCCCCCAGUCACAAGUGCGUCCUUACGAAAUUGCAAACAAUUGCUGAAGACUUCUGUGGUCUAGACGUAAACACUCCACUCGGCGGACAAGAACCAAUGACAGCCGUACCAGUGCUAACUUUUCCAACAUUGUUAACAGCAGUUGCUGCGACGUCCACCGGGGACUUUACUGUAGUUUUCAUAGGCACUCGCGAGGGUCACUUAAAGAAGGUGGUUGUGGAAAGUGCAAUGCUUGCGCAAGAGUAUGGAGAUUUGGAAAUCGAUACUAAUUCGACGGUAAAUGCAGAUCUGCUUUUUGACUCCCAGCAGCCACCAAUGCAUCUUUACGUGCUGACGGAGAAGAAAAUAUCAAAAGUUAAAGUGCAAGAGUGCUCAGUUUACAAAACAUGUUGGGACUGUUUGGGCGCCAAAGAUCCAUACUGUGGGUGGUGCUCACUUGAAAACAAAUGUAAUUUACGCAGUGACUGUCAGGAUGCUGCCAAAGAUCCACUUUACUGGAUUUCGUAUAAAAGUGGAAAGUGUACGACAAUCACGUCGGUAACACCGGAAAAAUUGCAAAAAACAACCGCGAGAACUCUCGAGCUCAGUAUUGACAAUUUACCAACUCUCAGCGGGGAAUUUUUAUGCGCAUUUUCAGUCCUUGACAAAACAUUGAUUACAAAUGCCACCAGAAAACAAUUUGGUGUUAAUUGCACGACACCUCGAACUGAUUUAUUACCCUCGAUUCCUAUUGGGCAUCAUCACUUCACCGCUAAACUGUCCGUCAGAAUGACCAAUGGCCCAGAUCUUGUUACGACUGAUUUUACAUUCUUUGACUGCAAUACAUACGCAUCCUGUACUGAGUGCGUUUCUUCCAGUUUUCCUUGUGAUUGGUGCGUUGACGGUCACAGAUGCACGCACGACACUGCCGCAAACUGCCGUAAUGAUAUUCUUGUUACUGGUGUUAGUAGAAUAGGACCAAGUUACCGAAGUGGUCCAGCUUUCUGCCCUACAAUAAAUGCAACUGGUUCUCAGGAGAUAUUAGUGCCUUCUGGUGUUAAAAAAGCAAUAUCUGUCCAAGUUCACAUUAUUGGACUUCUUGACAUCAUUAAACCUGAACCUGAAAGUAAUCCUCAAUUCAUAAUCCAGACUCGAUUCGUAUGCCAAUUCAACAUAGAAGGUCGAGUAACGAGUGUGAACGCAAAAUUAAGAGCCGACACAAUAUUAUGUGAUGAAAUGGAAUUUUCAUACAGUUCAAAGCCUCCGAACAUCACAGUGCCCUUCGCAGUAAUAUGGGGUGGCUCAAAGCCCCUCGACAAUCCAGACAAUAUUCAUGUAGUUAUUUAUAGAUGUCGUGAUAUGGCGGACAAUUGUGGAAUGUGUUUAGCAAUUCCACCUAAGUACGGUUGUGGAUGGUGUCAAAGCUCGGACCGGUGCGAAGUCAAAGAGCAGUGCGACCGUGGUUCUGGCAUAUGGUUGGACAGAAAUAUGACAUGCCCAAAUCCCGAAAUUCACUCAUUCGAGCCAAUGAUGGGGCCCUGGGAAGGUAAUACCAACAUCACAAUACGGGGUAUUAAUCUCGGUAAAACAUUCAACGAUAUCUACGGUGGAGUCAGUGUCGCCGGAAUGCCAUGCCAGCCAUAUGAGAGUCUUUACAUUCGUACUAAGCAGAUAACAUGCCGAGUGGACGGUCCCGGUUCUAAAGAGCCGAAACAGGGACCAGUUAUAGUUAAAAUCGAAAACUUCCGCGGACAAUCUCGUCACAACUACCAAUUUGUCAACCCCGUGAUCACCAAUAUAUUUCCGAGUUACGGCCCAAAAAGUGGUGGGACCAUCGUAAAAAUAACAGGACGUUACAUGAAUGCUGGAAGUGAAAUCAAGGUGAUGAUUGACGAGCUACCUUGUUCGGUAAUCAACACCAACUCUAAUGAAACUCUGUGUAUGACAAGUGCCAGCGAUGUCAACCGGAAUGGCACCCUGCUUAUAACAUUCGACGGGCGUAAUCGGACUUACAAUGGUUUCUUCGAGUACGUAGAUGAUCCGACGAUCAAGGGGGUUGGCAGCGGGGUUGCGGGACAGAUGAAGAUUCCGAAAGGUAUUCCAGCGGGUGGGAUUAAAAUGUCUGUUUCUGGGAAGAAUCUCGGCUACAUACAAAACCCUCAAAUGUACGUAUACUACGACGACAAAAUGUUUAUCUCGCAUUGUGACGUGUUGAGUCAAACUAGCAUGGAAUGCAGCUCCCCGACAAUAGAUGUUCCCGAGCAUGUGGUCCUGGAUGCUGAUAGACCCAUGAACCUGGAGUAUGGGUUCCGGAUGGACAAUGUCACUGGUGUGCAAAAUUUAUCUCGUAUUUUGUUAAAUAAUUUUCUGCUUUACCCAAAUCCAAUUUACGACAAAUUUGACGAGGAAAUAAAAUACUACAAGAGCGACUACUUGACGAUCAAUGGGCAGCACCUUGACCGCGCCUGCCAGGAUUCGGACGUUAUAGUCCAGAUUGGUAGCACAUACUGCAACGUAACAUCGUUGUCAAGACAGCAGCUAACGUGCAAGCCACCGAUUUCGCAACCUCCGGCGCUAAAUGCCGAGGGGCUGCCUGAUAAACAAGAGUUACCGGAAGUGAUCGUUAUCGUCGGCAAUACAUUGAGGUUUAAAAUCGGAAAACUCAGUUAUGCAUUGCCCGCUGGAUUAAACGGACCGCUAUCGAAACCCGCGUUGAUCGGUGUUAUUGCUGCAAUAGUUAUUCUCAUCAUUAUAUUUAUAGCAUUUUUGAUAGCGUACAGGCGGAAAUCGACGGAGAGCAACCGGGUGUUGAAAAACAUGCAGGAGCAAAUGGACAUACUGGAAUUACGUGUAGCUGCUGAGUGCAAAGAAGCGUUCGCUGAAUUACAAACAGAAAUGACUGAUCUAACGGGCGACGUUACUAGUUCUGGUAUUCCAUUUUUGGAUUACAGGACUUAUACUAUGAAGAUAUUGUUCCCGAAUGUUGAGAAUCAUGUAGUUCUUCAGUGGGAUAGACCUGAGUUGUCGAGAAAAGAAAAGGGGUUGAGACUCUUUGGACAACUUAUUAUGAAUAAAACAUUCUUGCUGUUGUUUGUACGCACGCUUGAAAGCAAUCGUUAUUUCUCAAUGCGUGAUCGUGUUAAUGUCGCAAGCCUCAUUAUGGUUACACUUCAGAGUAAGAUGGAAUACUGCACUGACAUUUUGAAGACUCUAUUGGCUGAGCUUAUUGAGAAGUGUAUGGAAGGAAAGAGCCAUCCUAAAUUGUUACUUAGACGAACGGAAAGUGUAGCUGAAAAAAUGCUCUCCGCUUGGUUCACUUUUCUUCUGUAUAAAUUUAUGCGCGAGUGCGCUGGCGAACCACUUUAUAUGCUGUUCCGUGCGAUGAAGCAGCAGGUUGACAAGGGUCCUGUGGACGCUAUCUCGUCUGAAGCACGAUACUCACUCUCCGAGGAGAAACUUAUAAGACAGUCAAUUGACUUUAAAGCAAUGACCGUCUAUGUAACGAUAGCUCAACAAACAGUCUUCAGUGGUUUGGAUCCAAGUACUGAGAAUGUUCCAGUUAAAGUACUUGACUGCGACACUAUUUCUCAAGUUAAAGAAAAAGCACUGGAUACUAUUUAUCGUUCUACACCUUAUAGUCAACGUCCUAGAAAAGAAGAUCUUGAUCUAGAAUGGAGAACAGGAGCAUCAGGGAGAUUAAUUCUGUAUGAUGAAGACUCAACAACUAAAACAGAAGGGGAAUGGAAGAAGAGAAAUACAUUGAAUCACUACCGAGUACCGGAUAGUGCAUCACUGAGCUUAGUAUCUAAACAAUCCUCAAUUUAUAAUCUCUCAAUACUAUCGGAGAAGACUGACAAAUCACACAAGUACGAAACAUUAAAUCUAAGCAAAUUCAGCUCUGCAAGUCCACCAUUGUCACGUGCAACAUCACCAUUAAACCACGACCACGACGGGGGUCUAAAAGUUUGGCAUCUAGUUAAACAUCACGAUACAGAUGCACAAAAGGAAGGAGAACGUGGCAAUAAAAUGGUGUCGGAAAUAUAUUUAACGAGGUUAUUAGCAACAAAGGGUACUCUUCAGAAAUUUGUUGACGAUUUGUUCGAGACUAUAUUUAGUACGGCACAUCGUGGCUCUGCCCUGCCAUUAGCUAUUAAAUAUAUGUUUGAUUUUCUUGAUGAUCAAGCAUUACAUCACGGCAUAUCGGAUCCAGAAGUUGUACACACGUGGAAGAGUAAUUCAUUGCCAUUAAGAUUUUGGGUUAAUCUUAUCAAAAACCCUAAUUUUGUAUUUGAUAUUCAUAAAUCCAAUAUUGUUGAUUCCUGCUUGUCUGUCGUCGCACAAACAUUUAUGGACAGCUGUUCUACGUCUGAUCAUAGAUUAGGUAAAGAUUCUCCGAGUUCAAAGCUGCUUUACGCAAAAGACAUUCCAUUGUACAAAGAGUGGGUAGAGCGUUAUUACUCGGAUAUUAAAAUAAUGCCAGCUAUAUCCGAUCAGGACAUGAAUGCGAUGUUGGCUGAAGAGUCGAGGUCACACACGACGGAGUUUAAUACUAAUUGCGCACUGUACGAGCUGUAUACGUAUGCGGGUAAAUACAACGAGCAAUUAAUAGUGACCCUUGAAGAGGAUGAAUUUUCACAGAAGCAAAGGUUGGCGUACAAAUUAGAACAGGUGCACAAUAUAAUGGCUGCGGAUGUUAAUCCCUGAUGCCCUGUGAUUCCAACCAAGCAUCCGACAAAGCCUCUUCGACAUGAAUGGCCGUGCUGAGUCGUUAUGCUCUUGGCUGGUUACAACUACUAAUAUUUAAUGUUUAAUAAUAAAAAUAAUUAGAAAUAAUAAUAAUUAUAAUUAAUACCACUAUUUUAAAAUAAUGCCACGUCAACUGGCCUAAUUGGACAUUUAAACCAUUUAAAAAUAACAACUGUACGCGAUGUGAAUUUAUUUAUUUAUUUAUCUCGUAUUUUUUGUUAACUUUUUUAAAAACACAGACUUUUAUUGCGAUAUAUUUAAAAAUAUUUGAGACAACUCAUGAUAAAUAAUUUAAUAAUUAGAUAGGAUAUGUGAAUGAGUGUGCGAAGAACGUAUAUUAUUUAUAAUAUACAGAUAUAUAUUUAAUAAAUCACGUAAAUAAAUAAAUAAAUAAAUAAGUCUUCGGGUAGGCCGCUGGCUGGAAUGUGCGAGUUAUCAUCGCACUUACCAGAUUAUUAUGUAUAUAAAGUACCAAAAUAAUUAUUAUCUAUUGCAAUAGGAUAAUUUGUUAUUAUUAUUGUUUAUUUUAAAAUUUAGACAUUUUUUAUUAUUUUUAUUAAUUAAACUUGUAAUUGUAAACGCUCACUCCGGCGGCCCAACGGACAUGCAGUCUAAAGACAUCUGAUAAUUUUAAAUAAUACGAAAAAAAAUUAUUAUAAUUAUUAAUUGAUUAAUAUUAGUAUUAAUAAUAACAAUAAUAAUAAUGAGCGAGUGAACAUUGUUCAACGAUAUAUUUGUAAAUGUAUAAUUGAUCGAUCCGCGCCACGUGCCGAGCAAGCGACUGACGACCUUAAUAAAUAAUAAGUGUCGAAUUUAUAACGAAUAAACAUUUCCAUCCACUGCUAAAUAAAUAAACAGCCGAAGACCCCAGCUUUUAUUAUUAUAAUUAUUAUUUAUUAAAUAUUAACAGCUAGGUCUUGGCGGGUUGCGAUUAAUUUAAUAUAGUAAUUAGCUAAAGUAAUUGAAAUAAAUAUAAAUAAAUGAAUUAAAAAUAAUAAAUAAA